AUGUAUUAUAAUCAAUAUAUACCCACCCAACAAUUUCAACCACAACCACAGCAAAGUGAUGAACCUUUGUCAUAUAUAAAUAAAAAUAACAAUAAUUCUGAAAAUGGACCUAUUGGUGUACCAGUUGCAAUACUGCCACCAUCACCAGUCAUAAUUCAACCAACCAUUAGCGAUCCUUUGUUGCCUAAUAAAAAUAAUCUUAAUAUUAAUUCACCAUCAAAAAAAUUAUUUACUGAUCCAAUUUUUUACUCAGUAUUCUUGGGCUGUUUUUCUUUUAUUGCCUCAACUUUUUCUAAUCUAAUAAGUUAUAGCUCUUGGCAAACUCAAUUUAAUGUAUUAGGAGUUAUUAUUAGUAUGCUAUCAUGUUUUUUAGCGCCAAUACUUAUAUCAAGAAUUAAACAAAAAUUCUCAAUGUUAAUUGGAAUCAUUGUUUUAUUCAUUAUCACUAUUACACUUAGACACUCUUAUAAUCGAUCUUUAAUUAGUGUUGGUAUUUCUCUUUCAGCAGCUGCAACCCAAUUAAUUAUGAUUAGUGUUUUCUAUUUACUCAGCUUAACAACUUUGGAAUCUAAAUAUAAAACUUUAUUAUUCUCUUUAUAUUUCCUUGUAAAAUAUUCACUUUCAAUCUCAAUGCAAAUUAUUCCAACCUACAAUUUUUCAAAUGUAAAUCUUAUUGUUCCAUUAUUUAUUUUAGCAUUAGCUUUUAUCCUUUUGUUAUCAAAACCAGAUCACCUUGAAUUGAUCAAAUCGGUAUAUAACAAGAAGGUUGUUGAAUGCAUUCCAGGCCCAAAUGUUUUUAAAAAUGAAACGGUUUCAAAAAGCAUUUUCCUUACAGCCCCAAUUAUCUUUUAUAUUGGUUUAUGUAGCUAUAGAUAUAUAACCUUCUCUUAUUUGGCUAGUGCUCUCACAGUAAUCCCAGUUGGUCUUUUGGUUGAUAGAUAUGGAAAAAAAAGAGUAUUCCAAAUAUUAUUAUUACCAGGUGUCAUUUUUGUUGGUUUGGCUAUUGUUAAUCUCUUUUUAGCCUACUUUAUUGGUGUACAUUAUGGAUAUAAUAUUAUCAAUACCAUUAUUAGCAUCUCUUUUUCAGUUUUCAGUUCGGGUACAAUGUUAAUCAUCUACAGCAUGAUGGGUGAAGUUUUUCCAAGAGAAAAAUUAUUAUCAGGUGUUUCAACAAUCAGUGCUUUCUUUGCUAUUGGUUUUUUAAUAGGCUAUAUCUUUAACAUUGGUGCAGUUAUUUAUACCAUUGGUGAGUUUGUCAUAGUUUUAGCAUUUAUCCCAUCAUCUUAUUUCUUUUUCGAAUAUUUAAAAAAUGUCGAAAAUAAAUAA